AUUGACUUAGUCUCUCGCUGACGGCGGCUAGGCUCACGUCUGGUCUUGUCCGUGCUUACGUGAGAUGCGAGUUGAAAUGGAUCCUGCCUCUAUUUUCGAGGAUGCACUUAAAGGUCUUGCUACUAAGGAUUUUGACGCAGACGAAGAACCUUCCAGUAAUCUAAAUGCUUCAGUUAAUGUCGUGAAUGACGAUGUAAAACCUGGAUUUAAUGAGACUUUCACGGAUGCUGGUAUAAAGGUUAUUUCAGCACCAACUAUAACUAAACCGCCUAAUGAAGUUGCCACUACUUCUCAGAAUGAUAUAAUACUCAGUGCACUCAUAAAUGCAGGCAUUGCACCAGCCUCUCUAAAACCCCAAGAAACUUUUAGCAAUCCUCCCUCAGUUUCGAUCACCGCAAAUCCCAACGUAAAAGUUCUUAGUUCUCGAGGACCUACUAUCCUCAGGGUGAUGCCAUCGGCUAAUGGUAGCAGUCCACCUAUUGCUCAGGCCCAUUCUCCUCAAAUGGCUAGCCAUCUAUUAAGAAAGCCGGGUGAUAAUGGUCGUGUGGCUUCCCCAUCGCUUACACACCUACCGAACAUCAUAAGAAAGCGGCCCCCUUCGCUUAUCGAAACCAGUCAGCCGAUUUCGAAGGUGAGACGUGUGGCAUCCCAGGGUCAUAUGGAUGGAGAAGUCGUUGGUCAGACCAAUUCCGCUUUUCCAAGCGUAUCUACUGUUCCAACAAGUUUGAAUAAUUGGUACCAAACUCCAAAUAUUCCACGGCCAUCAUUACCUCACAAUCUUCGGCUGCCUAAUCAUGUCCAGCAAACUCCCAGACCUUACCCAGUGAUAAAACGUGAUGAAGAUAUGGAUGAAGAUGAAGAUCUAGCUCAAGCGGAAACCUAUGCUGAUUACAUUCCAUUGAAAUUAAAGUUCGGACGAAAACAUCCAGAUCCUGUAGUUGAAUCAAGUUCCCUAUCCAGCGUUUCUCCUCCAGAUAUACAUUACCGCCUAUGUCUGCCAGAUGAAGUAAUCGACCGUGCAUGUCUUUCAGCAUUGCAGUUGGAGGCAGUGGUAUAUGCCUGUCAACGUCAUGAGUGCAUCUUACCCAAUGGUCAACGAGCUGGCUUUUUGAUUGGCGACGGGGCAGGUGUGGGAAAAGGUCGCACCAUUGCCGGAAUAUUGUAUGAAAAUUAUUUACGACAUCGUAAAAAAGCCAUUUGGCUAUCAGUUUCCAAUGAUCUCAAAGUUGACGCUGAACGUGAUCUACGUGACGUGGGUUUGGGGAAGAUCAAAGUUCAUUCGUUAAACAAGUUUAAAUAUGCACGUAUCUCUGGUAAAACUAAUGGACGUGUUAAGAAAGGCGUGAUUUUCUCCACAUACUCUUCGUUAAUUGGUGAAAGUCAAGGCAGCGCAAAGGCGAAAUACAAAACACGACUAAAACAACUGGUUCAUUGGUGUGGGAAAAAGUUCGAUGGUGUGAUCGUAUUUGAUGAAUGCCAUCGAGCUAAGAAUCUUACACCGAGUGGAUCUCAAAAACCAACAAAAACUGGUUUAACUGUUCUUGAAUUACAGAACAGAUUGCCGAAUGCUAGGAUUGUAUACGCUAGUGCAACAGGUGCUACUGAACCACGUAAUAUGGCCUAUAUGACACGUUUAGGUCUAUGGGGUGAAGGUACACCGUUCAAAACAUUCAAUUCAUUCAUUCAAACCCUUGAACGUCGAGGUGUAGGCGCCAUGGAGUUAGUUGCUAUGGAUAUGAAACUGCGUGGAAUGUAUAUUGCUCGUCAGCUUAGUUUUCAUGGUGUACAUUUUGGUAUUCAAGAAGUGCAUAUUGAAAAUGUUAAAUUGGGAAAUGAUAGUUUUAUUCAUGUAUAUAAUCAGUCUACCGAUCUGUGGGUCUAUGCAUAUCGUUUCUUCACUGAAGCAUCACGUUUGCUAAAUCUCAGUGAUCGUUAUCGUAAAACUAUGUGGGGACAAUUUUGGUCUGCUCAUCAACGAUUUUUCAAGUAUCUGUGUAUUGCUGCCAAAGUGGACACAUGUGUUGAAUUCGCUAAAAAUGCCAUUGAAGAGGGUAAACUUGACACAGUUAGACUAGACAUUAAAAUUGCUAUGACUAUGCUUGUCCGUCUUUAA